AUGCCGGCUGGACACGGUUUGCGAUCUAGGACCAGAGAUCUCUUCGCUCGUCCCUUCAGGAAGAAGGGUUACAUCCCUCUCUCUACUUACCUCCAAACCUACAAGGUAGGCGACUAUGUCGACGUCAAGGUAAACGGUGCCGUUCACAAAGGCAUGCCCCACAAAUUCUACCAUGGCCGCACCGGGCGUGUCUGGAAUGUCACCAAGCGCGCUAUUGGUGUCGUCAUAAACAAACAGGUUGGGAAUAGGAUUAUUGGGAAGAGAAUUCAUGUUAGGGUGGAGCAUGUGCAGCAGUCGAGGUGCAGAGAGGAGUUUCAGUUGAGGAAGAAGAAGAAUGAUGAGUUGAAGGCGGAGGCGAAAGCUCGUGGUGAAAAGAUUAGUACUAAGAGACAGCCUGAAGGACCAAAGCCUGGGUUUAUGUUGGAGGGUGCUACUCUUGAAACUGUCACUCCUAUUCCUUAUGAUGUGGUCAAUGAUCUUAAGGGUGGUUAUUGA